GACGUCGACAAGUGUGCGCCGAAAACCAUGUCCCCCGCGCGGACGAUUUUUUCGCCCUCUGGGGUUACAGGUGUUCUGUGAUACAGCGCCUACAGUCAACAUAUAUGGUCGACACUUAACAGUCAUUGCUACAGCAUACAGACUGUUUCUGGCUUCGCCUGUUGUGCAUGUUCGUGACGCCGUCAUAUUAUACCUACUGCUAUGUAUAACGUGAUUUCACUGUCGCAGAAAGAUGACUCCAUCGAGUUGGUUCGGUUCGGUGCUACCCUGACAUCGUGGAAAGUAGACGGUAAAGAGAUGUUGUUCUUGAGCGAUAGGUCACUUCGUGACAGCAAGAGCCCCAUCCGCGGAGGAAUACCACUCGUUUUCCCAAACUUCGGUGCCUGGGAGCUGGGUCCACACCACGGCUUCGCACACACCUCCGAAUGGACAGUGCAGCAGGCGCCCGCAGAGCCCCUGGUGGACUGGAUCUGUUCUCAGCUUCAAGGCUCUUUUGUUCUCUCCUUCCACCAGGAAGCGAAUGGUGACAAGGCAGUCACCUUGAGCCUGCAGGACAAUGACUACACACGCUCCAUUUGGAACCAUGGGUUUCAGCUCCUGUAUCGCGUUGCACUGCGGAAGGCCCAGCUUCACCUCGAGCUGUCCGUGGAGAACAAAGGCACGGAGGCCUUCGAGUUCACGGCCCUGCUGCACCCCUACUGGCGCAUGGCAGACGUUCGUCGGUGUACGUUGUCUGGCUGUCAUGGCGUCGUCUACACUGACAAGACAAGGGACGUAGGCGAGUCACGGGAAGAACGAGAAUAUGUGACGGUUUCACAAUGGACUGACAACGUCUAUAAGAGCACGGAGCCUGUCCACAAGCUCACUGCAGUUGGUGCUGGAAAGACUCUUACGAUCGAGAAGGAAAACCUGCCGGACACGGUUGUGUGGAAUCCAUGGGCCAAAAUGGCAGCCGACUUGGAAGACUUCGGAUCGGAGGAGUACCUGCACAUGCUGUGCGUGGAACCCGGUCACGUGGCCCGGCCCGUGCGACUGGAGCCUUCGGGGCGCUUCCACGCUGCGUGCACGUUCACGGCGUCCGACGGGUAGCCGGCGAAAUGAAGAGCUGUCGGACAGACUCGUGGUUAUAUAAAGCAGCUGAUGUGCGUGA